AGUCAGUUGUCACUAGCAGACAACAAAGUUCGAGGUAGGAAAAUUUGAGUCUGGAAAGAAUAAAUGGUUUAAUUUAGAAAUUCUCGGUUUAGGAUGAACAUUGUACAUAAAUUAAGCAUAUUUUUGAUAAUUUUAAAAACGUCUUUUUGCAAUAUAUGGACUGACUGGGAAAAUGCGAAAUACCUAUCGAAAUCAAUCCGUGGAGUGGUAGGAGGUGGAAAUUUUACAUAUUACUCUUUAAAGUGCCAUGGUAUAUGCAAGAUAGAAUUAAAAUCGCUAAAAGGUGAUGCUGAUCUCUAUGUAUCAGAGCGUUUUGAGAGACCAACAUGGGAAGAAUACGACUACAAGGCCGAUACCUGUGGUUUAGAUGUCGUAGGUGUGGCUGAUGAUCAGAGAAAAAAGGUGGUUUAUAUAGGAGUUUAUGGACAUCCUUUCUCCGAUGAAUCCGUAUUUGCAAUGAGCGUUUAUGUUGAUUCAGAAUUCUAUUCCAGUAAACCCGGCGAGAAUACUACCGAGUCUACUUCAAUUCCAACUUUAAUUUUGGAAAUACUAUUCGAAUUGCUAAAAAUUGUUGCGGAAGUCUUAAUGUAG